AGGGAGAGAGAGAGAAACUGGAGCAAACAUGAGGAGCGCACUGAAAACAAGCGGCACUGUGUUCACACUCUCGCAUAUACCUGCGCUAAUCGGAGAGCUGGUGUUUUGAAAGUGACGGACGGUGUGCGUGAGCGUGAGUUUGAGCGCGGCGGACCGGCGGCCGAUGCGCAAAGCGGAUUGUUGCGCAGGAACCGGGCUGCUGGAGCCCGCUGUGGAUUCUGUCAUCUUUAGAGGAAAAAAAUCCUUUCAUCUUGCAGUCAACCGAAGAGAGGAGAGAGACAGACAGAGGGAGCGAGAGCGAGGCUCCCCAAGAGACUGACACGCUGAGGUAGACGGGCCGACCUACAUCCUGCUGUUUGCAGUUUGGAGAUCUAGGACAUUUCUCCGCCAGCUUAGCUCAGUGUGCCGUUUUCAUGCUAAACCUUUAAAACCAACCGCGGAAAAGCAAAAGGAAAAAAAGACAAUUCAUUCAUCCACUCAACUUUAAGGACAUUUGUUCUUUUUUCGAGACUGAUCUGAUCCACUUAGGGUCUGUGAUACUUUGAAGAGUCUGGACACUGAACCAAAAACCCUUCAAGUGGAUAAAUGAGGGUUGCUAAUGCUGAGCUCCAGCUGUUUAUCUUUUUGAUUAAUUUGGACACUUGAGUCCCCUCCUGUCAUAACUAUACUGAACCUGCAAUAAACAGAACACAUACUUCGGGAGAAAACUUCCAAAGGUUGGUUUUGUCGCACCCCCUCCUCCCCUUCACCUCUGACCUGGUUCUUCCCCAGUCGCCCAAGAAACAUUUCAAACUGGCUGCCACUAGACAAGAAUGGAAAAUCUGACUUCAGCUCUCAAAACAUUAAACAAAAACUCAGGGAAUAACCUAAACUGCCUUGAGACCUUCAAUGGAUAUGAAGAGUCUCCAUCUGCACAAGGGAGUCCAACUCGCCUGGGGCGCCUCAUCAAGCCCAAACCCAAUAUCACCUGCAGGCGAAAGCGUGAGUUCAUCUCUGAUGAGAAGAAGGACGCCUCCUAUUGGGAGAAACGCCGCAAAAACAAUGAGGCCGCCAAGCGUUCCCGGGAGAAGCGACGUCUCAAUGAUAUGGUUUUGGAGAACCGUGUCAUUGCACUGAAUGAUGAGAAUGUGAGGCUCAAGACAGAGCUGCUCCAGCUGAAGCUGCGCUUUGGCCUCAUAACCACUGCCUCCUACAUUGAAAAGAGCCAGCAGAUUGGUGGAGGCAACAACGCGGGAAAUGGAGGAUCAUCCUCCUCUUCUACUCAGUACUACUCCAGUGGCUACUCGAGCAGCUCUCAGGUGAUGAUGAACUCUGAUUCUUCAGAAACAGAGCAGUCGGGACGCAGCGAGGGCCACAGGCAGCUGGUGAAAUACUCCCCACGUGGCUCCCUCUCUGACAUGUCCGAUGGCUCCUCCAGGGACAGCCCUGAGCCCAUUCCUUUUGAGAUCAAACAGGAAGGUGACAGGCUGGAGAUGGACAUAGCCAGUGGCACCACCACUCAGAUCAUGUUCAACAUCCACCGUGGUCUGGCCUCUGUGCCCACUCACCACCAGAUCCAGCAGCAUUCUCAGGAGCUGGAGGCUGCCUAUCACAGCCAACAGCAGCAGCAGCACCACCACCACCUUCACCAACAACAACAACCCCAUCAAGAGCCUGUGGCUGCCAUCAACACUGUCAGCCAGCCUGCCCCUCACCCACCUGCUGCCCAGAGGAGCGUCAUUCUGUAUGGCUCCAGCAGUGCCUCCUAUCCUGUGGACACCCUGGCGAGGCCCCAGGACAGCGAUCCGCAGACAGCCCCGAAGCAGAGCAGCGGCAGCAGCCGACUGUCCCAGUCAAUUACAGAGAGCUCCACGGAGACGCUGGCUGAGGUGACAAAACAGCUGGAGAGGAAGACAUUAGACUCCCCGCCAUAUGAGCUCGCAGACAGCCGUAACGAGGCUGGAGAAAGACAGGUGUACAGAGUUUGCCACCUUCCACAGCAAAACCUGCAACAGGAGCAGCAGCAGCAGCACCAGCAAGAGAGCGAUUUGUCUGCAGAGCUCCUCCACAAACAAAUGGAGGGGGUCAACCACUCCCACCUGUAUCAUCAUCUCCAGCAGCCCCAUCAUUCGUACCUCAGUGCCCAAGAUGAGGAGCCACCGGUGCUUACCUACGAGGGCGGGCCCAGGAGCGAGCCUUACUACCAAGGCCAAUCAGGCUCCUCUAGCAAAGACACUUCAUCCAGUGAUGGAGAUCCCCGCAGCUCUGAUAAAGAUGCCUCCACGGAUGAUGACGAGUCCCCCUCCUCAUCCUGCUCAGAUAUGGGCAGCUACCACAACCAACACCUUACUGGUGUCCACCAGCCUGCCUCACCUCUGCCCUCCUCCCAGGCCUGCCCUCAGGCCCAGGUCCGGGAUCCCCAGGGGGAGGUGAAGGGCACAGCGUUGCCUCACAAACUCAGACUCAAACACCGGGCCAUGAGCACCGGGAGCAGCGGCAACUGCUCCGGCCAGGAGUCCCCCACAACCCCUCCCUCUGCCACACCACCUCCCCUGCCCCAGCAUCCCUACUUGUCCCUCAUGCCACAGCAGAACAUUAAGGGAGAGAGCCCAGGUGGGGUCUGCAAACAGACGGCCUCAGGGGAGGGGGUCAGGAAGGAAAGCGCGAAAAAGGAGACAGGUGGACGACGAAACAAGAGGAGAGAUUAGGUGACUUUGUCUUUUAGAACUUGUCACAACUUAAACAAAAGACAUUUCUCCUCUAAAAACUACCCUGCCAUCAUGCCUUUGCCCUAUAAUCAAAUCCCCUCCUCAAGCCCUUGGGACAGGAAGCUGGGCUUUUCUACACCCCUACCCACAAUAUCACCAAAAAGGCUGGACAUCUUGUAGGGCUGUAUCAUAUUUGUAUAUAUUGUACAGAUUUGUCAUUUCUUACAUCCUUUACAUACUUACAGAAGCACUUUUGUUUAUGUAAUGAGAGGAGGAAUGGAACUGCCUGCUUUUCUACUUUUGCCAUCCAACAAUAUACAGCACAGUGCAUCAGCAUACGUCAGCAUUUUGAUCACUUACAAACAAGAAUGUAGGGAAACGAAAAGUUUUUAGCUUUAUCAGUACUAUGAAUUUGGUACAUAUCUGACUGUAGACAAACAUACACAUGUAUGGCUAUCUGCCUUAAUUAAAAUCAAAUGCAAACACACACUGGGGACAUCCCCUCGACCAAAGAAGCACCAACACUACAAAUAUUAAGUUCCAUACCUCUUCCCAGACCCUACCUCUACCAACCCAUACUCUCCCCAGCCAUCUCCAUUAUUUCACAAAAGAUCGCCAUCACCUUUAUUUUUUAAGCACUUGGUUUGUAUAUUACUGUGAUAUAUGAAUAUAUGUAUCUAUUAUAAAUAUAUAUUUUACAAAGAAAUUUGAAUACAAAUUCAACAAAAAUGCGACAAACCUGCAAUGGUUAAAGAGGGUUUUGAAAGUGACCAUCUUAUUAUGAAUCACAAUUACUGUACAGCCACAUUGUCCACUGUUGCUACAGGACCCAUUCGAAUUCAAACGCCUCUCUCUUGAUUGUUAAGCUUUAGCAUUAAUCAUUUGUUAAUGCCCUGUUUACACAGAAAUGGCCGUCCAGUUUGGAGCGCCAACAGCACUGAAUGGAGAACAUGUUGUUUCCUGAGGCAAGGGCCUCAUUAAAAUGUUUGGAUUUCUUAACCUUUACCCAGCCUUUAAAUAUUCGGUGGAAUUCACCAGCUGCAGGCUAUAAGCCUUUAGUUUAUUUGAGCUUUAUCAACCAUAUCUUGUUGUUGUUACCAUUCACUGGCCCAAUGUAUUUAUUUCCCUCUUCUCCACACGUCCAUCACUGUAGAAAAGCCCACAGGAACAUAGACGGAGAAUGUGUACAGACCUUUUUAGAUACAUACUGCAGCCUUGAGUUUGAACUGUAAUGUAGGCAUGGGAUGCUUGGAGGCAGAAGCGGGAGGUCACAUUCAUGUAAACACACUACAAUGCACUGAGUUCUGAACAAGUUCCUCUUGUGUAUCCUAAGAGAGCCCUCCAUAGUUACUGUACAUUUAUAGGACAUGGAAUGAGGUUUCGUAGUGUGACCAAGCAUGGCCCUUUCGGCUCAUAGAGCUCAGAUAAUUGAGGUAUUGUGAAAUAAAAGCUAAUGCAAAACCAAAUUUCUCCAACCCUCCAAUUGGUGCCAGCGUUAAAACUCCCUUAAAUUAAUGUAGAAAAGGACGUCCCUUGUUUCCCAUGUGCCUCCAUUACUCAUUUCAGGGGUUAUUCAUCCCUUUCUCAUGGUAGUUCUGCCACUGGGCAGUGAUGAAUUGCCUGCACUGGAUCUUAGUUUAACAAAAGUCUAUGUACCAUGUUUGGCUUUUUGGUGCUUGUGUAUAAAUGUAAAGCUUCCCCCACCCCCUGAACAACACUGUAAUGUUAAUUUCAUUGGUUUUAUAUCCUCUUUUUUUUCUUCAAGGUGUUGUUCUGCUUCCCUCUAUACUGUGUCUUUUCUCCUAUUGACUGUGAUGACAUGUAUUUGCCUCAUUCCUCCUCCCUCCUCCCGCCCUUUUUCAGUGUGUAUUAAUCAGUAAUGUUUGUGGUUUUGCUGAUGGUUUUAUGAAAAAGACAAGAGGACAAAAAAAAAGAAACAGGCAAAGAUAGUGUGGUGUUUAGAGAUGGGUGGUGGUUGGUCUAGUUGGUCAUUACCAUCGCUUCCUUUUGACAUGAAUAUGUAUGUAAAGACACUAAUGUUCAUUGUGGAAGAUGGGAGCAUUUCAAGAUCGGAAAAUAAAAUAAAAAGAAUG